AUGUCGUCCAUGCGCAAUGCCGUUCAACGGCGGAACCACAAGGAGCGUGGCCAGGUCCAGGGCCGCGAGAAAUGGGGUCUCCUCGAGAAGCACAAGGACUACACGCUCCGUGCCAAAGAUUACAAUGCCAAGAAGGCCAAGCUGAAGCGUCUCGAAGAGAAGGUGCGCGAUCGCAACCCCGAUGAGUUCUCCUUUGGUAUGAUGGGAGACAAGAACCGGACCCAAGGUCGGCACGGACGUGGUGCAGGCACAGCUCGGGAUUCUGCCGCAGCGCGGGGACUGAGCCACGAGGCAAUCAAGCUGCUCAAGACGCAAGAUAAGGGAUAUCUUCGCACAGUCGGAGAGCGGGUGCGCCGCGAGAUUGAGCGUCUGGAGAACGAAGUGAAAUUGCAGAAUGGCAUGGACAAGGUUCUGGGCAAAAAGGAUGGGAAGAACGGGGACGAGAGCCAGGAUGAAGAUGACGAAUUUGAUGACGAGUUCGAUGAUUUCGAUUUCGGUGCCCCGCCGAAGCCCAAACCUACCAGAACGGUUUUCGCCGAUGAUCGACAAGACCAAUUGUCAAUGAAGAAGCAGAGGAUACAAAAAGAAGAGGCUGCUCUGCAAUCAGAGGAGGAAGAUCAGACAUCAAGCAAAGCCCGCAAGGCACCCAAGCAAAUCUUGGCUGAACGGCAAGCACUUGCAGAUGCCCGGCGGGCUCGCAAACUACGGAAGCGAGCCAUUGAGGCCCGUAACAACAAGUUGGUUGCGCUGCACAAGCAACACGCUGAGAUCCAGACAGCGGAGAAAGAGCUUGAUUGGCAGCGGGCUAAGAUGGACAAUUCCGUGGGAGGCACCAACAAGGACGGAAUCAAGUGGAAGAUUCGUGAGCGCAAGCGCUGA